GGCUCUGCAGGGAUUGAGGCUUAAGGACUGUGGGGUCCAAUUGGAGUUUCUUGGUGACACAAUAAGCAGAGUCCCCCAAACCAUUUGGGUGUUUGUGCCGCUUCUGGCUAUAGCUCUACAUCCUUAAUAAUUAAUAGUUGUGACUUCUCUUCACUCAACAAUUACACCUCGAGUUACCCACAGUUCAUUCAGGAGUGUGCCCCACUAUCCAAAGGACCUAAUCCUUUGCUAUGUGUGAGAACUGGAAGUUGACAGAACAGCACAGCUCACUUAGGCUUCACUUGUCAAAUAAUCUAUGGAGCUAGGGAGCCCAGGUGAUGGAUGCUGUCAGCUCCAUGUUCCGGUGGGGAGGACCCAGCAUGGCUGCUGUUCUGCAGUCUCUAGUUUGACCCUCUAUGCUUGGCACAAUGACCCCAGAUAGUCUGCCUGUAUUUUGCCCUCCCAUUGUUUCCUAAUAGGGUCCUCCUAAAUUUUAUGGCUCAUUUGUCCUUCUAUGUGAAUUUUGAGAACAUUAAAAGUGCUGGAUUUGCUUAUGCUUACAUAUAUUUGAACUUACAUUUCUUUUCGUGUGUAGAGUGACAGAAAAGAAGAAACAAAUACCCCCUUUGUCUUUUAGCUCACUUCUGUUACUAUGGUGUGGACCGUCUUCCCUAACUUUUACAAACAUCCUAUGUUCCCAAUGUGUUUUCUUGCCCCACAUAGUUCUGUGUCCCCACUGUUAUGAGAGCAAUGCUCAUACAAAAUGUUUGGGCCUGUCCCACCCCUGCUGCAACUCUGGUUCAGUGGCUUUUCAGAACCGUCACAACAAACUCCCCAUUUUCCAUGACACGGAGGUGCUGGUCUCUUCUCAGUUCUCAGGCCUCCUCACUCCACUAGACAUCCUGCUCCCUAAUCACACCUGGCUUCUUUGUUCUCUUGCCUCAUGUGUCCUCUUGCCUGAAGCAGUCUUCUUCUGUUGUUUCCUUAUCCUCUAGGAUCCAUUCAGAAGUCUGUAAUGGUGCCCAGGACUGGGCUGACUUCUGCGUCUCUGCUUGUCCUAGCAUCUAGCAUACAGACAUGUAAUCACUUGCCUUUUAGCUGUGUCACCCUCCUGCUCCCUUCAGGAAUGCGUAUACUGUCUCAUCUAGUCCCAGCUUUUCACUCAAGUGUUUGUCAGGUUCAACUCCAGCUAUGGCUUCCCAGUGGAGGUCGAUUCUGACACCAGCAUCUUCCAGCUCAAGGAAGUGGUUGCUAAGCGACAGGGGGUUCCAGCUGACCAGCUGCGAGUGAUUUUUGCUGGGAAGGAGCUGCAGAAUCACCUGACAGUACAGAACUGUGACCUGGAACAACAGAGUAUCGUUCACAUAGUACAGAGACCACAGAGGAAAAGUCACGAAACAAAUGCCUCUGGAGGGGACAAACCCCAGAGCACCCCGGAGGGCUCCAUAUGGGAGCCCAGAAGCUUGACUCGAGUGGACCUCAGCAGUCAUAUCCUGCCAGCGGACUCCGUGGGGCUGGCAGUCAUUCUGGACACAGACAGCAAGAGUGACUCAGAAGCAGCCAGAGGUCCAGCUAAACCCACCUACCACAGCUUUUUUGUCUACUGCAAAGGCCCCUGCCACAAGGUCCAGCCUGGGAAACUCCGAGUUCAGUGCGGCACCUGCAGACAAGCAACCCUCACCUUGGCCCAGGAAGAUGCCCUUGGGAGUGGAGCAAGGGAAUACCAGUGCACCUGUUAUCUGAUGGCAGCCAAGCUUUCAGACAAACUUUCAACCAACCAGGGCCCAUCUUGCUGGGAUGAUGUCUUAAUUCCAAACCGGAUGAGUGGAGAGUGCCAAUCUCCAGACUGCCCUGGGACAAGAGCUGAAUUUUUCUUUAAAUGUGGAGCACACCCAACCUCAGACAAGGACACAUCAGUAGCUUUGAACCUGAUCACCAACAACAGCCGCAGCAUCCCCUGCAUCGCGUGCACGGAUGUCAGGAACCCUGUCUUGGUCUUCCAAUGUAACCACCGCCACGUGAUCUGUUUGGACUGCUUCCACUUGUACUGUGUCACAAGGCUCAACGAUCGGCAGUUUGUCCACGACGCUCAGCUUGGCUACUCGCUGCCGUGUGUGGCUGGCUGUCCCAACUCCCUGAUUAAAGAGCUCCAUCACUUCAGGAUCCUUGGAGAAGAGCAGUACAACAGGUACCAGCAGUAUGGUGCCGAGGAGUGCGUGCUGCAGAUGGGAGGUGUGCUGUGCCCCCGUCCUGGCUGCGGAGCUGGGCUGCUGCCUGAACAGGGCCAGAAGAAAGUCACCUGUGAAGGGGGCAACGGCCUGGGCUGUGGGUUCGUUUUCUGCCGGGACUGCAAGGAAGCAUACCAUGAAGGGGAGUGCGACUCGAUGUUCGAAGCCUCGGGGGCGACUUCUCAGGCGUACCGGGUGGAUCAAAGAGCUGCUGAGCAAGCACGGUGGGAGGAGGCCUCCAAGGAAACCAUCAAGAAAACCACCAAGCCUUGUCCUCGCUGCAAUGUGCCCAUUGAAAAGAAUGGAGGAUGUAUGCACAUGAAGUGUCCUCAGCCCCAGUGCAAGCUGGAGUGGUGUUGGAACUGCGGCUGUGAGUGGAACCGAGCCUGCAUGGGUGAUCACUGGUUUGACGUGUAGAGAGGGAUGUCACUUGGCAAUGGCCGCACGACCUCAUGGGAAACACCUCAGACUCCUACCUUUGUUAGCCAUUUCUUCUUCUCUGUGCAUAUAAGCGCGCGCACGCACACACACACACACACACACACACACACACACACACACACACACACACACACUCACACACACACACACUGCAGAUUACAGAAGCAGUCUCUAGGUCCUUUCCAGGGUACCCACAGAAAACUGCAGCACCUGCUGGCCCCAACGGGAGGAGGCACUUUGAGCCUCUGACUCAUGCAUAUGUCAGAGCUGGGAUGAGAGUUGGCACCCUUGUUUUGAAUUCUCAUCCUAGCGAGAAUUUGGGUUCUCAUGGCCGGGAGUUUUCCAGACUUAACCUCCUGCCUUCUGCUUCACUAAAUCCAUGUAGAAGCCACGGGUGAGGUGGGAAGUGCUUUCCAAGGCUGUUGCCACGCCCUGAGUGAGUUAUACUUCUGUGGAUUCUCAGACGCACACUGGAGAUCUGAGGAAUGCUGUUCUUACGUAGCAAUCAUCUAUUCCCAGAGGGCCCUCGGCACUAGCCAAAAAUAUUUGUUUAUUCCCCCAAAUCCUAUCAUUGUAAAUGGUGCUGAUGAGAUUACAAGCCCACUGUAUACUAAUCAGCUUAUCAGCCAAGUGAGAGCCUAGGAAAGUUAAUUGGAACACAGACUGUUUAAAUCACAGGGAGGGCACAGUAGCCAGACCUACUUCCAUUCGUUUAAUUAUCUACAACUUUAGAAAGAAAUGAUUUAUUUCCCUGAAAAUAGUACAAAGUUUGAAGUAUUCCUAUUGCAGCCUGGAAGUUGAACUCAUGCCUCUGGCUUCACCGUGAACUUAGCAGGAAAAGUGCCUGUCAAGGGGGCAUUUUUAGAGACAAUCCCAUGAUGCUGUUCUAACAGGGUCAAGCAACAGAUGUUUAGCAACAGGGUCAAGAAACAGAAUGUUUACAAAAGGAACAUUUCUAGACCAUCUACAUGAGAACAUGCCUGACCCCUCCGCCAGAAGUGGGGACACCUCUGCAUAUCUGCUCCCUCCUUAGCUGUUAAGCCCCAGGGAGCCCCAUGCACCCAGUGUGCACCCAGUGGUCUUACAGAUGGCCAGUUGCACAGGUCAAUAAACACACACUGGAAUAGCCUUUGGAUAAAUAUACAUCACACUCGAAUGUUAAUCUUUCAAGGUUUUCUUUUCUUUUUCCUGUUUUUUUUUUAAUUUGUUUUGCUUUUGCAUUUUUUGGGUGUCGAGGGGCUACCAGACCUGAGUCCUGGCGCUAAAAAUCAUACAGAAAUGGUGGGAUUGGUAUCUUGUUGUGUGAGGAAAGGCCAGCUGGCCUAAGUUCACACUUGUGGUCCAGUGGCCCAAGAUUCAUCCCAGCCAGAUCCUAAAUGAAUGUCAUACAUGUAGCCAAAAAAAAAAAAUCUGUCAUGUAGCACUCAGGAAUCUGAUGUCACCCAUCACUACUUCUUUUGCCUGCCUCUGCCUCCUGCCACACCCAUAUGCCGUACUGGCAUGGGGAAGCCAGGACAAUGUUUGCUGUUCUGUUUUGGGUAAAGGGACUCACUGAAGCUCCAUGGCUCUCUGGUAUGGUCCCUUUUCCUUUCUUGAGAUUGCAUAUGUUUUCUUCAGAAUACAACAGUGAUUCUUAAAAUAACUCAAAUGAAAGACACCCAUAGUGUGCGAGCAUGAAUCACAGCCUGCACUGUGUGAGCAUGAAUAGUGGGAUAAAAAGUGGAUGUCAAAAGAGUGGAAAUCAAACCUCUGAAAAGCUCUUUCUCUCUGUGAAAUGUGUUAAGAAAUACCUGAAGUCUGUGUCUGUGGUGGUACCCAGACUGUCAAUCAAUAAGUACCCAGACUGUCAAUCAAUAAGUACCCAGACUGUCAAUAAAAGAAUCCGAAGAGUG